GAGGUGAUCUGCGCGAGCUGUCUGCGCAUGUGGAGGAGGAGAUGACCUGGCUGUGUAACACUCUUACCGCGGUUUACUAAAGCUUCGCCCUGCACCUCAAAAAGAUCAUUCCCUCCCUGUGCCUGGUCAUGAAGACUCCCGCUAACGCUGCUAAACGCUUAAAGUGUCUUCCCUCCCGCGGCGACGAUGACGGAGAGGCCAGACCUUGCCCAAUGUCGCCCCCAAACCUGGCAUGGGCGCUGUGGCUCAAGCUGCGGGCCAUUUUCUCCGUGGUGGCUGUGGAGCCCGUCAUGCUGCUGGACGGCCUGGGUUACUCCAUCAUGAUCGUGUAUGUAGAAAAUAUUCAGAUGGACAAAAUUUGUCUCGUCAAUCUCAACUUAACACAGGAAGUGUGUGGCAACCUUUCCAGCUAUCCAGAAGAAAAUAUUGCUAUGCAGCAAUACUUCAGCGUAUUUGGCAUGUACAAUGGCAUAAUAAUGGCUUUCCUGCCUUUGUUCUUCAUCCUCUUCAUGGGUGCCUGGAGUGAUAAGUACGGAAGGAAAGUUCCUCUCUACACAGCCACUCUAGGGCACUUCUGCUGGGCCUUAGGUUACUUGAUUAAUUCCUGGGUGACGCAUUGGCCGGUAGAAUACCUGCUGGUGGCUGCCCUCAUGGAUUCCCUCGGAGGCGGCACAGUCUCCUUCCUCACCGCAGCCAAUGCUUACAUCAGUGACGUGACUUCAGAGGAGUCACGGACAACAAGAGUUGGGCUGGCCAAUAGCAUAUGGUUCCUGGGUGGGCCAAUCGGAACAUUACUUGGAACAUACAUAUACAUGUACGGCGGAUACCAAAUCCUUUUUGGCACCUCAGUGAUGCUGCACUGCAUCUCCCUCACCUAUCUAUUCUUCCUGCCCGAGAGUCACGGACCAUUCGCCAAGAAUAAGAUGUCAAAGGCUUGCAUCGAAAAGAGCGAAGAAGAACAACCAGUUCGCCUGUCCUUCAAGAAGCCCAGUGAGAUCGAGGACGACCCCACCAGAAUAUCCAUAUGGAAGAUGUUCUUGGAUUUCUUCAACUACGAGAGGAUCGUUGACUCCUUCCGCUGCACCUUCAAGCCAAGGGGCGGAUUCGUGAGGAUCUUCAUCCUGCUCCUCAUUCUGUGUAAUCUUCUUCGCCGGCUGGGACGAGGGGCGUACAUGUACCUGUUCACCCGCAAGGUCCUGGACUGGAGGGAGACGGACUACGGACUGUGGGUCACCUACAAGAACCUCAUUGCUGCACUCGGCUCCCUCGCUGCUGUCCCGCUCCUGUCACAAGUCUUUAACAUGUCCGACAACUACCUUGCUCUUUUGGGCGCCUUCUCCUCCGUGGCUGACUACACCUUAUACGGACUCGUCUCAGAAAACACUGAAUUCUUAGUGUGGAUAGCUCCCACCGCAGCCCUCCUCGUCAACUCAUGUGUCAUUGCCAUCCGCUCCAUUCUCUCCAAAUUUGUCACCGGUGACGAGCUAGGCAAGGUGUCGGCCGUCAUGGGGGCGCUGGACGGUGUUAUGCCCAUGAUCAGUUUUUCACUGUAUACCGCCAUCUACCACGCCACCGUCAAGGACUUCCCGGGCACCCAGUUCUUCUUCGGCGCUACAGCUAACCUUCUCAUGACCCUCAUAUUUAUCUUCAUCAUUGUGUUCAACACUACGCGCAGCUACAGUAUCGAAGACCUCACGACUGUUGAAGGUUGUGACGCCGUAAAGCCUACUUCACUGAGGUUCUUCAGCGAGCGUCUCAAUAACCACAUCCGCCCAAGGUCAAACACUUUCGCUGAUCAGGACAGUGCCGACGCCCAGCGAACCAACAUUGUUCUCUCUGGCGUUAACUUCCACCUGGGCACACCUUCGGCAACGAAAAAGAUACUCAAGCCGAGUAAGAGUCAAACUCUGUCUGUUCUCAGUACUGUCUCUGAAAUGUCUGCCGUAGAGAGGCAGCGCAUCCAAGACGAAAUAACGAAUCCUCAGAAAUACUCAACGAAGUUGCCCUCGAGUUUCAAGAGAGAAGAAGCGGCAGGCAUUGACAACGCUGCCUACGUAACUUCUGAGGAUGACACAAGUGUUUCGCCCUCAGAAGCAGUGGCGGCUCAAAGCUCCAGCACUGCGGAGGCAGGAACUCCCUGAAAUGUAUUCAUAACAAAGCAAGAAAGAGAAAAAAAUGCAUACAUAGUUAGCGACCUCCUGUGUUGUCUCAUCACGAAGUGACAAUACCUGGCCGCGCCCUAGGUCAGCUGGUGUCCGCAAAGAACACUGUGAUAUGCCUCUCCUGAAGCAGUGCGUUGUAGCACCGCUCCCGUACGCCAGUACCCGCUCCUCAUACUCAUAAUGAAUACUGUGAACUGGUUUCACGCUGUCAUCGGUGCGGCAGAGAGGUGAUGACAGCUUUCAUGGUAGAACGUGGGGUGUCGAAUUCAAAGUUGAUGACGUUAGUUCGUUCCUAGAUGUUUAGGGUUAUGAAUAUUAAAGCGUUGUUCUAAUUGAUUGUAAACCAUAACAAAUAAAAAGAAAUGGUUGAGACCGAACAGUGGUGAAGCAGCAUUAGUGUGCCCAUAAGGCAUAAGAUCAGUCUGGAAGUGCCUGCAUGUGCAGACAAGUGCUUCAGAGAACCUUUGCAGAUGAUGAACAAAUCAUAUUUUCACAUUUUUCUUCAUUAAGAAUUUUGUAUAUGAUUAAUGUAAUAUUUUAGAUUAUUUAAUAUCUUAGCUACAUAUAAGGCAACGUCUGUUGAGUCGUUCCAGCAUCAGUACUCGAACUCUGAGACGAAAAACCUAAUGGAGUUGUUGAGAAUGUGUUACGUAGUGAGGGUAGCGUUUAGCUGUCUCGAAGAUGCCAACUGUCCCUGCAGGAAGUAGUCCAUCUCUAAAUAUUGCUAUGCCUGUGGGGAAAUGAUUGUAUGUUUUUAUACAUAUGUAUGGUAUUUGUAAUGCAUUUACAAGCAGGAGCUGCCGACUGAAGAAUAGUAGGUAGCAACACGCAGAAAACAACCAUGAAGUUACUGUAAUAUUUUCAUGAAUGAGUUUGUUAUCUUUUGCCAGAUGGCAGUGGAUGUGUGUUACUCAGCGGCAUAGUAGUGGCCAUUCAGCUGUUCGAAACAUUAGAACACCAUCUUUUGUCAUUCGCUCACCUUUCACUAUUUUUCUCGUUCUACAUUUUCCCUGAUUAAAGUCCUGCUGCCGCCCCUGCUGCUGCUGCUGCUGCUGCUGCUGCUGCUGCAAGCUAAAUUUGAAAGUAGAAUGAAUUAGUUCAGUUUGUGCCCUCUUCCAAUUUCCUUAAUUUUAGGCAUUAAUAGCACUUUCUUGGUGGCUGCGCACGCUCGCCGCUGCGGGAGUGCUGACUGGCGCCUAUGACUGAACCAAACCACCACGCCAAAGUCUAGUCAUAGACCUGACCCUUCAUCACCUCAUAUGUGUGUUUCGUCACGAGGACCCGCAGUGCAGACUCUUGGAAGAACGGGUUGUGGGUCUUCCGUCAGUGAUGUGAAUCGCUACAUGUAAACUUUGUAAAAACUACUUUUGCCGCUUUUGUUGUCGCGUUAUUAUGCUGUGUAUUGACGGUGAAUAUUAAAGAAAAAGGAAUAAAAAAACGUAAGAUG